AUGGGAUCAACUCCGGACUACACCCUGCCCCCGCAGGAGCUUGCAUUUGACGGGUUUCUCUUCGAUAUGGAUGGUACCAUCAUCGACUCCACGGACGCAGUAGUGAAGCACUGGGAGACAAUUGGGAAUGAGAUAGGCGUUGCCCCCGAAGUUAUCCUUGAGACUUCUCAUGGGCGAAGAAGCAUCGACAUACUCAAGAUUCUCGCACCUGAAAAGGCGAACUGGGAUUAUGUACGUGACAUGGAAGGACGUCUACCCAAGUACCACGGCCACGAGGCUGUCGAGAUACCUGGCGCCCGUUCCAUGCUAGAAGCACUUAUCGCCAGAUCUAGCCCAUGGGCGAUCGUCACCUCGGGCACCAUCCCUCUCGUCACCGGAUGGCUGCGUGCUCGAGACCUGCCCACACCGCCGUCGAAUCACCUCGUCACGGCAGAGUCCGUCGAGAAUGGUAAACCUGACCCCGCCUGCUACCGCCUCGGCCGUGAGCGUCUCGGUCUGCAGGCGGAGGACGCCCAGGUCCUCGUCCUCGAGGACAGCCCAGCAGGGAUCCGCGCAGGGAAAGCAGCAGGCUGCAAAGUUCUCGGCCUGGUAACUAGCCAUACCGUUGAGCAGGUCAUCGCUGCAGAACCAGACUGGGUCGUUCGAGACCUCUCUUCAGUCAAGGUACUUCGGAGCGAGGGCGGAAAGGUGACUAUCGAGAUUUCAAAUGCGCUCCGAAUAUAA